CCCAGCAGAAAGGCCCCGCGGCUGGCUGGACCCAGCUCGACACAGCAGCAGAGCGUUUUCUUUAACUCGUGAGAGCAGCGCACCGCACAGAAGCCGGCUCCUUCGCACACGGGGAAAAACAGCAGCACUGGUUUUUCAAAUUUUGUGUCAGUUUAAGGAAGAAGGAAGAGCUCCUGAAGAACUGAGGCCUCCUUUGAACCAGAAGGACAUGGAGCCCCUCAACAUGAAGCAGGAAGAGGAGGAGCAGCUUGAUGAGAUUAAAACUGAUGCCACCAACAUUUCAUUCUCUGCAGUUUCUCAUCAGGUUAAGGAAGAAGGAAGAGAAGUUCUGUUGUCACAGUUUGAUCAGAACCAACCUAAAGACAGAGAUCUUCCAACCAGCAGCACCACUGACCAGAUGAAAGCAGAAAGUGGUAGAGAGGACUGUGGAGGAGCAGAAACUACCAGGAAUCCAGAUCUAAAACUUUAUGAAUAUGAUUCUAACUCUUCAGAGACUGAAGUCAGCAAUGAUGAAGAUGAUGACCAGGAUGGCAACAAUUCUGACUGUCAACUGAAACUCUUGUCAGAUUCUGAGCCAAACACCAAAGAUGAUAACAAAGACUGGAAGGAGAGCAGGUCUUCUAAAUCACAUGUUAAGGCUGUCAAAUCUUUCAGCUGCCCAGAGUGUGGUGAACAGUUUCUCCAUGAGCGGUCUCUCCAGAAACACAUGAGAGUGACAAGUCAUUCAGGACUGAAGUCUUCAAGCUGUUGUGUUGAUAAGAAACGUGUUAGAGUGAAGCAAAAUGUAGACUCUAGCAGGAAAGUUCAGACAAAACUAAAAUCAUUUAGUUGUGACGACUGUGGAAAAAGUUUCAGCUGCAUAUCAUCUUUAAACAUUCACAUGAGAAUUCACACAGGACAGAAGCCUUUUGCUUGUGAGCUCUGUGGACAAAGAUUUACCCUAAAGGGAAAUUUAGACACACACAUAAGAGUCCAUACAGGACAGAAGUCUUUUGCUUGUGAGCUCUGUGGACAAAGAUUUACCCAAAAGGGAAAUUUAGACAGACACAUGAGAGUCCAUACAGGACAGAAGGCUUUUGCUUGUGAGCUCUGUGGACAAAGAUUUAGUGAUAAGUCAAGUUUAAACUUUCACAUUAGAGUCCACACUGGACAGAAGCCUUUUGCUUGUGAGCUCUGUGAACAAAGAUUUAGUGAUAAGUCAAGUUUAUACAGACACAUGAGAGUUCACACAGGACAGAAGCCUUUUUCUUGUGAGCUCUGUGGACAAAGAUUUACCCAAAAGGGAAAUUUAGACUCACACAUGAGAGUCCAUACAGGACAGAAGCCUUUUGCUUGUGAUCUCUGUGGACAAAGGUUUAGUCGAAAGACAUAUUUAAACACUCACAUUAGAGUCCACACAGGACAGAAGCCUUUUUCUUGUGAGCUCUGUGGACAAAGAUUUGCUCAAAAGAGAAGUUUAAACUUUCACACGAGAGUCCACACAGGACAGAAUUAAUGAACGUAAAUAAAAUAUAUAUUUUGGGACUUCUGAGGGUGUUGAAUGAAAUGUGCUACUGAGCUGGAAGCUCUUUUAACUAAAAUGAAGAGAGGGUGCUCGCUGCAGAACCACAAAGGCGGAGCUGCACCAUAAGGUGGAGCUGCACCAGGGUCAGCCCCGCCCAUUCACGCAAACUCAACCUAGCCCACUGACUUCCGUUUUUGUUUUUCAACUUUAUCGCAAACUAACCUGACCCACAUGAAUUACGGCUGUUACUGCUUUACAAAUGUUAAUGCUAUAAGAUAAGAUAAGAUAAGAUGACCUUUAUUAGUCCCACAAGUGGGAAAUUUGUUUAGUUUACAGCCAAGCAAAGUAAAAGUAAAAGUUAUGCUGCAGAGGGAGAAAAACAUUAAAAUACAAUAAGACCGACCGCAAUGAGACAAAAAGAGAAAGAACAGCGAAGCUGUUUACAAGAAGGGACAUAGCAGACUGCACUUCUUGAGGACGCUUAGGUCCUUCAAUGUCUGUAGCAAGAUGCUGCAGAUCUUCUACAAGUCUGUUGUUGAGAGUGUAAUCUCUUCAGCCAUCGUCUGUUGGGGUAGCAGCAUCAGAAGCAGGGACCUGAAAAGGCUCAACAGCCUAAUGAAAAAGGCUGGUUCUGUUCUGGGGACGACUGUGGAACCGCUGGAGGAGAUGAUGCAAAGAAGGAUUCUCCAGAGAAUCAAGAACAUGAUGGACAACCCUGAGCAUUCUCUUCACAAGACUGUCCGACAACGGAAGAGUUUCUUCAGUCAGAGGCUUCUUCAGUUUGGCUGCAACACUGACCGCUACUGAAUGGGUUAAAAAAUAAUAAAUAAUAACCAUACUAGAUACAGCUAGAAAUACAGAGUACACUUCAUCCGACAGAUUUGUUGUACAUGAUAAAGCCUGAAUAUAUCUCGAAAUGAAAAGGUUUCUUUUAGCGAUUAUCUGCCCACAGCUGCUCUAACAAAACUGUCGUACAACAGCAAGUGGAUUAUCAAAUGUGCUGUGGUAGUCCAGUGGCAAGAUUGUCUCAGUUAAAUUUUGCUUUGCCCUCAGCUGUUGCUGGUUCGAUUCUCCGUGGGGUCGGCAUCUAUCUAUUUAGCCAGAUGAAACAUUUAAUUUGUUUUUAUUUUAGUUGUAAUGUUUAUUUUCAGCAAAAUAUUUAUGUCUCUACAAGUUCUUUGAAUUUGGUCAUUCCUAAACAGCAUUUUAGUUGAAACUCUGCUCACAAAUGGACUCACACUGGCUAAAUAAACGAAUAAAUAAAUAAAUAAACACAUUAGUCAUUAUAUUGUUAACGGUAUACCAGUAAAUUGUUGUAAACAUAGUACUGGCAAGUGUGGCUAGAAAUGAAGAAAAGGGGUUGUAAACUACCUAAUAUUUCUGCUACUGGGAGGCGAACCUGCGCAAAACUACAUGUCAAUCUACAUCCAUAGCCACUACCCCACCACAUCUGAUAAAAAGUAAGUGGCGUUACUGGUAAUUCCUAUCCAGUGUGUCUUUGCAGAUAGGAUGUAUGGUUUAUUGGCGGUGUCUCAGUAGAAGUUAUUUCAGAAAUAAUUUGUCAGAAAAUUCACAGAAUAUCCAGAUUUGAGAACCAAGACCAGACCCACUUCAGGGGAGGAGACCAAAUUGAAGCUGAGAUGGGAGGAAAAUGCAUGAAUGAGGCCAAAAAUGGCUUUGGCGUGUUUCUUAUGAGGAAAUGACAAUAUAACAUGAUAAAAAGUUCCAAAAGUUAGAUUUUUAAUUAUAUGGAACCUUUACAAAAACUGUUCAAUUAACUUCUCAACUCUGUCCUCAAUCUUGCAUUGUAGAUGAUAUUAGCUAUAACACCCUCUUUGGUUCCAGAAUGCUAUAAAGUCUGACAACUGGAAGGAACUGGACUGACUCUGAUGAAAUGGGCGGGGCUGAUUCUGGAAUGGGCGGGGCUGACUCUGGUGCAGCUCCACCUUAUGGUGCAGCUCCGCCUUUGUGGUUCUGCGGCGAGCACCACUUGAAAAUGAAAGGCAGCAGUUUUAUUAAAUGUUUUGUUUUUGGAGAAGAAAAGGUUGAAAAUGAAAUGUUUGCCACUAAAGUGUUUUAUUAAAUCUCUUUGUUCACUAUUCA